GUUUCUGGGCCCCACUCUACUCCAGCUAUGGUGGGAGAAAUAGGCCUGUGACUGCCUUUACUCUCUUCAUCCCCACAGCCUGCAAGCCCAUGGCCUCCACAGCAACGACCCCAGGCAGGACGCCUCAACCACCAGGUCUGAGGGCGUCUUUGGCUAGCUUCUCCUGCCCUGCAGUCCUCGUGCCAGGCCCAGGCCCCGGCCCCCAGGAGGUGGAUGAGGAGGAGGAAGAUGAAGAGGAGGAACUGGCUGAGAUCCAUCUGUGUGUGCUGUGGAAUGCGGGCUACCUGGGCAUUGCUUACUACGACACCAGCGACUCCACUAUCUACUUCAUGCCGGAUGCGCCCGACCAUGAAAGCCUCACGCUUCUCCAGAGAGUUCUGAAUGAAAUCAAUCCAAGGUCUGUUGUUACAAGUGCCAAACAGGAUGAAGCGAUGACUCAGUUUCUGGGGAAGCUUGCCUCCCAGGAGCACAGAGAGCCCACGCGACCUGAAAUCAUAUAUUUGCCAAGUGUGGAUUUUGGUGUGGAGAUAAGCAAACAGCGCCUCCUUUCGGGAAGCUACUCCUUCAUCCCUGACUCCAUGACUGCCACUGAGAAAAUCCUCUUCCUCUCCUCCAUUAUCCCCUUCGACUGCCUCCUCGUGGUUCGGGCACUUGGAGGGCUCCUCAAGUUCCUGAGCCGGCGAAGGAUCGGAGUUGAACUGGAAGACCAUAACGUCAGUGUCCCUAUCUUGGCCUUUAAGAAAUUUGUGUUGGCCCAUCUGGUCAGCAUAGAUCAAGACACUUACAGCGUUCUGCAGAUUUUCAAAAGUGAGUCUCAUCCCUCGGUGUACAAAGUGGCUAGUGGCCUGAAGGAGGGGCUCAGCCUCUUCGGAAUCCUCAAUAGAUGCCGCUGUAAGUGGGGAGAGAAGCUGCUCAGGCUAUGGUUCACACGUCCAACUCAGGACCUGGGGGAAUUGAACUCCCGACUGGAUGUCAUCCAAUUUUUUCUGCUGCCUCAAAACCUGGACAUGGCUCAGAUGCUGCACCGACUGCUGAGUCACAUCAAGAAUGUGCCUCUGAUUCUGAAACGCAUGAAGUUGUCUCACACCAAGGUCAAUGACUGGCAGGUUCUCUACAAGACUGUGUACAGCGCCCUGGGCCUGAGGGAUGCCUGCCGCUCCCUGCCCCAGUCCAUCCAGCUCUUCCGGGAAAUUGCCCAAGAGUUUACAGAUGACCUGCUCUAUAUUGCCAGCCUCAUUGGGAAAGUGGUGGACUUUGAGGGCAGUCUUGCUGAAAAUCGCUUCACAGUCCUCCCCAACAUAGAUCCUGAAAUUGAUGAGAAAAAGCGAAGGUUGAUGGGACUUCCCAGUUUCCUGACGGAGGUGGCACGGAAGGAGCUGGAGAACCUGGACUCACAUAUCCCCUCCUGCAGUGUCAUCUACAUACCUCUGAUCGGCUUUCUUCUUUCUAUUCCCCGCCUGCCGUUCAUGGUGGAGGCCAGUGACUUUGAGAUUGAUGGUCUGGACUUCAUGUUCCUCUCGGAGGAGAAGCUGCAUUAUCGUAGUGCCCGAACCAAGGAGCUGGACACAUUGCUGGGGGACCUGCACUGUGAGAUCCGGGAUCAGGAGACCCUGCUGAUGUACCAGCUGCAGUGCCAGGUGCUGGCACGAGCUGCUGUCUUAACACGGGUGCUGGACCUUGCUUCCCGCCUGGACGUCCUGCUGGCUCUUGCCAGUGCUGCCCGAGACUAUGGCUAUUCAAGGCCCCGUUACUCCCCCCGCCUCCAUGGGAUACGGAUCCAGAAUGGCAGGCAUCCUCUGAUGGAGCUCUGUGCCCGCACCUUCGUGCCCAACUCUGCAGAAUGUGGAGGGGACAAAGAAAGGGUCAAAGUCAUCACGGGUCCCAACUCCUCAGGGAAGAGCAUAUUUCUCAAGCAGGUGGGCUUGAUCACAUUCAUGGCCUUGGUGGGCAGCUUUGUGCCAGCAGAAGAGGCUGAAAUUGGGACAGUGGAUGCCAUCUUCACCCGCAUUCAUAGCUGUGAAUCCAUCUCCCUUGGCCUCUCCACAUUCAUGAUCGAUCUCAACCAGGUGGCGAAAGCGGUGAACAAUGCUACUGAGCAGUCGCUGGUCCUCAUUGAUGAAUUUGGAAAGGGCACCAACACGGUGGACGGGCUUGCGCUUCUGGCCGCUGUGCUCCGACACUGGCUGGCACUUGGACCCAAGUGCCCCCACGUCUUUGUAGCCACCAACUUCCUGAGCCUUGUUCAGCUGCAGCUGCUGCCACAAGGGCCCCUGGUACAAUACUUGACCAUGGAGACCUGUGAGGAUGGGAACGACCUUGUCUUCUUCUAUCAGGUCUGCAAAGGUGUCGCCAGUGCCAGCCACGCCUCUCAUACUGCUGCCCAGGCUGGGCUUCCCGAGAGACUUGUUACUCGUGGCAAGGAGGUCUUGGACUUGAUCCGUAAUGGGAGACCGAUCACUCCUGUCAAGGAGCUGCAAAGGGAGACGCAAAUAAAGAACUGCCAGACAUUAGUGGAUAAGUUUCUGAAGCUGGAUUUGGAAGAUCCCAGCCUGGACUUGGACAUUUUUAUGAGUCAGGAAGUGCUGCCUGCCGCUGCCACCAUCCUCUGA